AUAGAGAGCUUCACUCCCACUUCCACACAGUGCAUGGAAAAAAAACCUCAGACAUGGACGAGCCUGCACAAAAUGGCUCCUCACACACACUCACACUGACCACAGCCCGAGCACGUGAUCGAACAUGUUCCAGCUUUUCUUAAGGUGAACAGACGGGGACGCGUGAAAUCUUUGGAUUAUCCAUUACGCAUCCCACACUUGUGGCCACACUGCUGCUUUUAUUCUUUCGCAUCGCAGAGAGACAAGAUGAUGGAGAAACUUAAACGUGAGCGCGCCAGAAGUAGUGAGGAUGAGCAAAAGGAUUGCUGCUCACCGGGAUGCGACACUGCUGGGGAGGAGGGCGAGACGCACGGGAAACAGGAAGGCACGACCACCACCACGACGCGCACGACGUCCGAGUCUGCUGAGAGCGCGCGGAGAGGCGCCCACCUCCUCCUCCUUAAUGGCGUUGCCAAGGAAACGGCGCCCGGCGGCUGCGAGCCAAAACAGGAAGUGGCAGUGAUCGAGCUGGCCACGAGAGGCGAUAUAAAAGGCACCGAGUUGGAGGCGAACUGCAGACACACGGUGCAGACCACCGAGUUGCGCAGACCACCAGUUCCUCUGCCGCUGCCCCCGAGGGAGCCGCUAAACGAAGCCAAGCGAAUGGUGCAGCUGAGUCCAGCCGCAUUCCCUGCUCUGCCCGCCCGCGCCAUGCUCUACAGCAACAUGGCGCAACCGCUCGCCACUCUCAACAGUGGCUUCGCUGGGGACGCGGAGCAGUACGGCAUGUACCCCAGUAACCGCCUGAAACGCAGAGCUGCGCCCUACGAGAUUGAGAUCAACGAUGGUUCACAGACGAAGGUUGUGCGGCGCAUCUUCACAAACAGCCGUGAGCGCUGGAGGCAACAGAAUGUGAAUGGUGCCUUUGCUGAGCUGCGCAAGCUCAUCCCCACUCAUCCUCCCGACAAGAAACUGAGCAAGAACGAGAUCCUGCGUCUGGCUAUGAAGUACAUCAAUUUCCUGGCAAAGCUGUUAAAUGACCAGGAUGACCUGAUAGGUGGGGAGGCAGCAGCUCGUGUGCGGGAUGGACGGGAUGAGGGUCUGGUAAGGGAAGACCUCCUGCAAGACAUGCUGAGUCCAAACUCCAGCUGCGGGAGCUUGCUGGAUGGAGAUGGAAGCCCGGACAGCUUCACCGAAGAGCAGGACUCAUCGGUGGAGUCCAGAGCAUCUGGACGAGGACUGCACCACUCGGCCAUGACUGUGGACACCAGUAACCAGCGAUGACUGAGUGCUAAUAGAGAAAGAGACUUGAGCAAAUCACUGUGGUGUGGAUACAGAGCUUCAUGGAAGCUGAUAGACCUGUGAUGAUGAUCACGUUGUGUGCAGUCAUAACUGUCUUUUCCCCACUUUUCUUUAUGUCUUGUCCUCCUCUCCAUUUUGGACACUGCCCCUAUGGGUAAACACUGGUACGGGGAAUUGUAAUGGUAGCUUUUGGUCCAUGAGAUAAGAGUGCAUGGAUUUGAAACACAAGCCAGAUUUUCAGAACGGUACCCUUGCUAGAAUUCAGCUCCAUCAUUUGGUCAGGUACACUUGAUUUCACUUUUGAGUGAUUUUUAAAACGCUGUGUGGGGAAAAUCCAAUUGAAUAUCCGUGGGAUUUUUUUUCUUAAUCCUCCACCAGUGUGGGAAAUGUUGGACAAUACUAUUACUGGUGUUGGAGGCUGAUCAGACGAUUUAUUUGUACAGAACAUGAUUAUAAUAGACUCAUGUUAAUAACUGUACCCACAUAAGCAGCUAAAUUAAUGCAGAACAAAAGCUGCCAUUUUGUAAAUGGCAUUUAUAUAUGACCUUAUUUGAUAAAACCUACACAUUCAUCCGCACACACAAACAAAUAUGUAUAGCUAAGAAGGUUGUGAUGGUCAGAGGUACAAGUGUUACGCUCCAAAUGUACAUAAAUAAACAUAACAAUGUUGUACAUGUGUAUCUAAAGAACAUCUGUACUGUUCAUCUUCAUUGUUAUUAUGGUACAAUGAAUAACACCUCCUUUUCUUUUCCCCUGUCCUUCAUAUCCCGACCUAAAUCAUUCUUAAAGAAUCCAGUAAGUGUGUUAUCACUGUAUUUAAAUUUUAUCCAAUUGAUCUGCUUUUUCAGCAGACUAUUGAGUAACCAGUCUUGGUACCUUUAAUUCUUUUUUUUCUUUGUGUAUUAAAAAAAACAACAAAGCUGUUAUUUUAAUGUGAUAUUUAGUAGACAGACCUUUGUUGUAAGGUGAAGAUGAAAUCUAUCUAUAAACAUGCAAUGUUAUAUCUUACAGAAUUUUAUAGAACAUGAAAUAAAAAUGAACAAACAAA